GUGCUUUUCUGUGGAUGGAUGGAGGAAAAGGGGAACCAGUGGCUGUCCGCAUCAGCUGCUUCUCACGGAGCCUUUUCCUUACAAGAAACCUCGCCGCCGGCCGAGGCUUUUCAUGGGAAUCAGACUAGUUAACAUGCCCGCUGGAGUGAUCGCUGGUCUGCAGCAGCAGGUGUGAAUCCCGUUUGAACCCCAUGGAGCAGGAUGUGGAGAGCCCAGCCAUCAUGAGGAAGCCCAAGUUGCGAAAGCAGACCCGGGAAGACCUGCCGAAGCAGCUGGUAGAAGUAAAACGGAUAAAGAAGGUCCAGCGGUACGUCCAGAAGGACGGGAAGUGCAAUGUCCAUCACGGUAACGUGCGAGAGACGUACCGCUAUCUGACGGACAUUUUCACCACGCUGGUAGAUCUGAAAUGGAGAUUCAACCUCUUCAUCUUCGUACUGGUGUACACAGUGACAUGGCUGUUCUUCGGCUUCAUGUGGUGGCUCAUCGCCUACUUCCGUGGUGACCUGGACCAUUUAUCAGACAACCAGUGGACUCCAUGUGUCAAUAACCUCAAUAGCUUUGUAUCCGCCUUCCUGUUCUCCAUCGAGACAGAGACCACCAUUGGUUACGGAUAUAGAGUCAUCACGGACAAAUGCCCCGAGGGGAUAGUUCUGCUCUUAAUUCAGUCGGUGCUGGGAUCCAUCGUGAACGCUUUCAUGGUGGGUUGUAUGUUUGUUAAGAUCUCGCAGCCUAAAAAGCGAGCUGAGACGCUAGUGUUUUCCACCAACGCGGUCAUCUCCAUGAGAGACGGACGGCUGUGCCUCAUGUUCCGAGUCGGAGACCUCCGAAACUCACACAUCGUCGAGGCUUCGAUCAGAGCCAAGCUCAUCAAGUCUAAGCAGACCAAGGAGGGCGAGUUCAUCCCUCUGAACCAGACGGACAUGAACGUGGGCUACUGCACGGGAGAUGAUCGGCUCUUCUUAGUGUCGCCGCUCAUAAUCUGCCAUGAGAUAAACCAGCAAAGCCCCUUCUGGGAGGUCAGCCAAGCCUACCUGGCCAAGGAAGAUCUGGAAAUCGUUGUGAUCCUGGAGGGAAUGGUGGAGGCCACAGGCAUGACGUGCCAGGCCAGGAGCUCUUACGUAAGCAGCGAGAUCAAAUGGGGCUACCGCUUCACGCCGGUCCUGACGCUGGAGGACGGCUUCUACGAGGUGGACUACAACAGCUUCCACCAGAUCUACGAGACUGACACCCCGGCCUGCAGCGCCAGAGAGCUGGCUGACAUGAUCAACCGACCUCGCCUGCCCCUGACCUGGUCGCUGGCCAGCAAGCUGAGCCAGCAGGGGCUGCCGGAGUCGGAGCAGGAGGGCCAGGAGACAAAAACCAAUCUGGACAGCGAGGAGAAGGACGGGCAGGGGCAGACUGAGACCAACGGGGACAUUGCCAACUUAGAGAGCGAGUCCAAAGUGUAGCGAGAGGACUGUGCGCCAGGUGGGGAGCUCGCGGGUUUAUAUUAGAUCACGGGACUGUUUCUGCAGGACACGACUGCACAACGAGGACCAAUGAGCACAGUAGACCAAGAAUCCCCUUCACCAAGAACCGCUGACGCUCUAAUCGAGUCACGCUCAACCCUGAAACAUCCUUACAUGUCGACAUGCAGCCCACCGCUGGGCUGAAAACCCUCUUGGGCAAGUGCAUGUUUAAAUCUAAUGUGAUGUCCUCCCAGCAGGAUUCCCCUUAUUUUUUCUAUUAAGAUAUUCCUAGGGGCAUUUGCAUAAGCAUUUUUGUACAUAGUAUAAUCAGUUUUCAAUUCUUUGUUUUGUUGCCGUGUGAAUAUAUGAAUGCUGUUUGAUACUAAUCCCUUUAGGUUCGUUCUGUGUAUAUUUUAUGCCUUACUGUACGUAUAAAGCUUUGAAUAUUUGUUUUUCAGAAAUAUAUCUAAGCAUGUAUAAACAUUAUCUGCCGUUAAUUGAUCUUGUAACAUAUAUUCUGUACAAUGAUAAUGUUAUAAGGAAAACAACCAUUGCAGUGGAUGCAAACUCUAGUUUAAGCCAAUAAUAUCUUCCUCCCCAGUUGUUUAACUUUCACGAAGCCAUGACUCGCUGGUUCACAGCGGAUUGACUUCGGACGACGGCCCUUUAAAACUGCAUUUUGUCACUUUUGCACACUGGAAACUUCUGGUUUCCUAGAACAUGAUUGUUGAUACUUCAGUUUCCAGAAAUCCCUUCAAUCCCCAAACAGCAAUGACAAAAAAUUAUAAUAAACAAUAAGUUUCUUAUUAUGCACCCAGCGAGACCUUCCCUUUGUUUGUUUGCCCCCACCUCAAGUUAUUCAGCAUAAGAAGGAUUUUACCACAUGUAAAAGACGAAUGCAGUUCUCGAGCUUUAAAAAAUGAAGUUGAUGUGCCUUAAACUUGCUAAUGAUCAGCA